UGCCUACGGCACAAUCAUGGAGAGAUGAAUCUAUUAAAAUUAAAGAUGACGCUAUAUGGAUACAUGCUGAUUCUAGCUAUUUUGGUGGGUUUCAUUCUGCUGGGUAUAGUCUCGUCGACAUUAUUAGGGACAUUCUCAACCCUUCAAGUCUGGACAUUUCGGCUAUUUUAGAAGAAAAGAAACGAAAUAAUGUAUGUAGGGAGUGUGGUGAACCAUUUUCAUCGCACCUUCAAUGGUGUAAAUGUUGCAAUUCGCAACAUUUCAAAACCGAUUUUGGAAAUUGGACGAGUAAUAAUAGCGUCAUCGACACUUUUCUUCAAUAUACUCAAAUUACUGCGCUAGACGCAGCUAAUGCCUUGGAAUGGAUCAACUAUAACCGUUUUAUAAAUGUAACACCUAUUGGUCAAGGUGGUUACGGAACAAUACACAUGGCUUAUUUCUUGGAUGGGGAUAUAAGGAGAUGGGAUCAUAAAAAUGAUCAAUGGGAAAGGUACCCGGGAUUUUCUGUCGCUUUAAAAACGCUCCACAGCUCCCAAAACCUUUCUGUGGAGUUCUUGAAUGAAGCUGGGGAGUUAACAAACAUCGUUGCUAUAUAUGGGAUAACUCAAAACCCAUAUACAAAAGAAUUCGUGAUGGUAAUGGAGUAUAUGAAUAAGGGUAAUAUGCGAGAUUACCUUCGCAAUAACCCAAAUUUAAAUCGAUUGAAAAUCGUACUUGAAAUUUCCGCCGGGCUCAUGAACAUUCACACCCACGGGUUAGUACAUGGCGAUCUCCAUAGCGGAAAUAUAUUGUUUGAAGACACAUCGGGUGGUACGGCGUUUAUUGCACAUGACGCGGUGCUCUUAAUUGAUGUCUUGAAAGGUAAAAGACCACCGCUUCCAACCAAUGUGCCGAAGUGCUAUACUAAUUUGAUAAAGAAAUGUUGGGAUCCCGAUCCCAACAAUCGGCCUUGUGCCGAAGAGAUACAAAAUACUGUUAAAAAUUGGUACUACGAGAAAUCGCAGCUUAAAUUUUCGGACUUUUCGGACUUUUUGUACACAGAUAAAGAAUUCAAAAAUAUCCGAGAACAUAACUUUACGACCCAUCCUAAUGCAGUUUAUACAAGCCGAUCUCUUG